CCAACUCAUCUCUGGUCGCCGGUCUGCCACGCGUCGUUUGUUGCUCGUGUCAAUUGAAAUUCGCAAGCUUUCGGCAAUUCGGAACAAAAAUCGUAAAAAAAUGUCCAUCAUAGCCGUUGUCGAAAAAUUCGGGCAAGAGUACUCGAGAGGUACCCCGAAGAAAUUGAAAAUCAUCGAUGCGUACUUGCUGUACGUAUUCUUGACGGGUGUCAUUCAGUUUGUAUACUGUUGCCUGGUAGGCACGUUCCCUUUCAAUAGUUUUCUCAGUGGAUUCAUUUCCUGCGUGUCUUGCUUCAUCCUUGGAGUUUGCCUCCGGCUGCAAGUAAACUCCCAGAAUAAAAGCCAAUUUCAUGGGAUAAGUCCGGAACGGGGGUUCGCCGACUUCAUAUUUGCCCAUAUUAUCCUACAUAUCGUGGUCAUGAAUUUCAUUGGAUAAAACAAUGAUUUUGUAUCUCCGUUUUGCACCAAACCUGUCAUGCUUUCGUGUAAUAAAUUAUUUUUGAAUAUAUGUUCCUCGUGAAAUUUG